GUCGUGAACGGCCAAAAAGAAACUUUAUUGCUACCAAAACAAAAGGGGGAGUAUUUUGAGGCCUCCUGUCAUGGCGGACCCGGCGGCACAGGCUUCCUUACAACCACGGUUGCAGCAGCCUCAGGCCUGCGGGACUGCUGGGUCGAACGCAAACACCGGGUCUGGGACCGGGUCCGGGUCCGGGAACAGCGACCCAGCCAGGCCAGGUCUUAGCCAGCAGCAGCGGGCCAGUCAGAAGAAAGCGCAAGUUCGAGCUUUUCCACGGGCGAAAAAGCUUGAGAAACUCGGUGUCUUUUCAGCUUGUAAGGCCAAUGACACAUGCAAGUGCAAUGGCUGGAAGAACCCUAACCCGCCCACCGGCACUCGCAUGGACCUCCAACAACAAGCCGCCAGCCUGAGCGAACCCUGUCGCAGUUGUGGCCAUACUCUAGCGGACCACGUUUCUCACCUGGAGAAUGUCUCAGAGGAUGAGAUCAACAGGCUACUGGGCAUGGUGGUGGAUGUGGAGAACCUCUUUAUGUCUGUCCACAAGGAGGAGGACACAGACACUAAGCAGGUCUACUUCUACCUCUUCAAGCUGCUGAGGAAGUGUAUCCUGCAGAUGAGCCAACCCAUAGUGGAGGGGUCCCUGGGCAGCCCACCUUUUGAGAAGCCCAAUAUUGAGCAGGGAGUGUUGAACUUUGUCCAGUACAAGUUCAGUCACCUGGCACCCAAAGAGAGGCAGACAAUGUUCGAGCUGUCCAAGAUGUUUCUCCUCUGUCUCAACUACUGGAAGCUGGAGACACCCACCCAGUUCCGCCAGCGCUCCCAAAAAGACGAUGGCACAGCCUACAAAGUGGACUACACCAGGUGGCUGUGCUACUGCCACGUUCCACAGAGCAACGACAGCCUGCCGCGCUACGAGACGACGCAGGUGUUUGGCCGCAGCCUCCUCAAGUCCAUCUUCACCGUCACACGCCGGCAGCUGCUGGAGAAGUUCCGCGUGGAGAAGGACAAGCUGCUCCCCGAGAAGCGCACCCUCAUCCUCACGCACUUUCCAAAGUUCCUGUCCAUGCUGGAGGAGGAGAUAUACGGGGAGAACUCGCCCAUCUGGGAGGCCGACUUCACAAUGCCUGCCUCUGAAGGGGCACAGCUGGGCCACCAGACAGUGAUCAGCCCAGCAGCCGUGUCCAGCACCCCGGCCUUCACCAAGAACAGCAGCAGCAGCUCGUCGCUGUGUCCCGCCGGACUGGAAGCCGUGGUGCCGGAGCCCCUGCCAGGAGAGAAGAGGAAGCUCCCAGAGACGCUCACCCUGGAAGACGCCAAGAGGAUCCGGGUGAUGGGCGACAUCCCCAUGGAGCUGGUGAACGAGGUCAUGAUGACCAUCACCGACCCGGCCGCCAUGCUGGGACCUGAGACGAGUCUGCUGUCGGCGAAUGCAGCGCGCGACGAGACGGCCCGGCUGGAGGAGAGGCGGGGCAUCAUCGAGUUCCACGUCAUCGGGAACUCGCUCUCCCAGAAGUCCAACAAGAAGAUCCUGAUGUGGCUGGUGGGCCUCCAGAACGUUUUCUCCCACCAGCUGCCCCGCAUGCCCAAGGAGUACAUCACCAGGCUGGUUUUUGACCCGAAGCACAAGACCCUGGCCCUGAUCAAAGAUGGCCGGGUCAUCGGGGGAAUCUGCUUCAGGAUGUUCCCCACUCAGGGCUUCACCGAGAUCGUCUUCUGCGCCGUCACAUCCAACGAGCAGGUCAAGGGGUACGGCACCCACCUGAUGAACCACUUGAAGGAGUAUCACAUCAAGCACAGCAUCCUGUAUUUCCUCACCUACGCUGACGAGUACGCCAUCGGCUACUUCAAAAAGCAGGGCUUUUCCAAAGAUAUCAAAGUGCCCAAGAGCCGCUACCUGGGCUACAUCAAGGACUAUGAAGGGGCGACCCUCAUGGAGUGUGAGCUCAAUCCCAGGAUCCCCUACACGGAACUCUCCCACAUCAUCAAAAGGCAGAAAGAGAUCAUAAAGAAGCUGAUUGAGAGGAAGCAGAGCCAGAUUAGGAAGGUGUACCCGGGCCUGACCUGCUUCAAAGAGGGCGUGCGGCAGAUCCCUGUGGAGAGCAUUCCUGGCAUCAGAGAGACUGGAUGGAAGCCCAGCGGGAAGGAGAAGUGCAAAGAGCUGAAGGACCCAGAUCUAUUGUACAACAUGCUGAAGAAUCUUCUGGCCCAGAUUAAGACGCACCCAGACGCCUGGCCCUUCAUGGAGCCCGUGAAGAAGUCCGAAGCCCCCGACUACUACGAAAUCAUCCGCUUCCCCAUCGAUCUGAAGACAAUGACGGAGCGGUUGAAGAACCGCUACUACGUGACCAAGAAGCUGUUCAUCGCCGACCUCCAGCGCAUCAUCACCAACUGCCGGGAAUACAACCCGCCCGACAGCGAGUACUGCAAGUGCGCCAACACCCUGGAGAAGUUCUUCUACUUCAAGCUGAAGGAGGGAGGCCUGAUCGACAAGUGAGGAGGAGGAGGAGGCACACAGUGUGGGGAAGGGGCCAAGAGAACUGCGCCAUGGAUCUCUGUUUAACUGUAGACUGUAAAAGGGUAGCGCAGUGGGGUUAUGGGUAUACAGAACAAGGUGGGGGGUGGAACGGAAUCCAAUGUGAAGAUGAGAUAGGGCAGGGAAAGCUAUCUGGCCUUUGGGACUUUAAGCCGUGUAGGUCUUUGAUAAGAACUCUUUCAUUUCAUUCCCUCUGUCUAAUACAGACUUACCAGCCACACUUGUUCUCCCCCUAUUCCUCUUUGAGGCUCAGUGUCAGCGCAACACCACGUGGGAUCACAUUACAAAAAUUCUCGCCCUGUAGUGUUUGGCUGCUUUGAACGUUGCCGUUAUAGUUCUUGUGAAGUUGUGAUCAGGUGACUGUCAGGAUCAAAUGAACAGGAACCCGGAAACUCGGAUAAGUGUCAGCAUUCAAUGUCAUGAGCUCACUGUACGUUAGCAUAGAUAUCCAUACAUAGGACCUUGAAGACCAGGAUUAUUUCAUUUUCCACACCAAGGAGUCUGGACCAAAAGACACAAGGAGUCCCGUUCUUGAAUUUUGAUACAUUUGAAAUCUCACACUGUUUGGUUUGGACCAUUCACUUGAUCCUUUAGUCUCUUCUUUUCCGUUUUAAGUUCUGCUCUAACGGUGCCCAUUGGUUAUUCGAUGUUGAAUAUAUACUGGUUGUUCUCUCUGCAAUGUUACGGACAACAUAAUCUAAAGUCAUGACUGUACGCAUUAGAAAAUCAGCCAUGUUUUUUGUGUUGGUGGAAUCCUAUACAGUCAAUGUUACUUUAGUACUGUUCCAAUGCAAAACUCUUCAGCUCAUAGUAUAAGUAACACCAUUUGGCUGGCUAC